UCCCCGCCCCCGGCACGAUGGUUCCGCGGGGGGCGGUGACAGCGCAGGGGGAGUGCGUCCCCUUUAAGAGCGGCGUCGCCAUGAUCUGCCUGGUGCUGGGGCUCUUCGCCGGCCUCUUCCACAGCGCCUUCGGCGGGGUCAAUGAACGAACCUUCGUGGCCAUCAAACCGGACGGGGUCCAGCGGCGCCUGGUCGGGGAGAUCAUCCGGCGCUUCGAGAGGAAGGGGCUGCAGCUGGUGGGGAUGAAGCUGCUGCAGGCCUCGGAGGAGCUGCUGAAGGAACACUACAUUGUCCACCGGGACCGUCCCUUCUACAGCCGCCUGGUGAAGUACAUGAGCUCCGGGCCCAUGGUGGCCAUGGUCUGGCAGGGCCUGGAUGUGGUGAAGACAGUUCGUGCCAUGAUCGGAGAGACCAAUCCAGCUGAAUCCAGGCCUGGCACCAUCCGAGGAGACUUCUGUGUUGAAGUCAGCAAGAAUGUGAUCCAUGGCAGUGACUCGGUGGAGAGUGCCCAGCAGGAGAUCUCGCUCUGGUUCCGCCCGGAGGAGCUGCCCUGCUGGGAGGACACAGCUGCACACUGGAUCUACGAGUGAGGAGCAAUCCCAAGGGAAGUUCAUCUUCCUGCUGGGACACAGGACAUUUCCUUCCAUUUCAUAGCAGCUGCUGGGCCUGGCUGCAGAUCCUCUGUGGGAUUCCUCUUCUGCCUGUGGGAUCCUGAGAGCUGGGCUGUGUGUGGAACUCUGUGGUUUAGCUCCUGUCAAGGGGAGCUGUUUCUUUCUUUCUCUCUCUGCUCUAGUAAGUAGUUGGUAUUGUUGCUCUGUUUGCUGCAGCAUCUUAAAUCCCAAGUAGCUCAAGCUGAUUCAUUGAAGUAAAACUUGGGCUCUUUACCCAUUCCUGGGUGUUCUGAUCCCUGCCUGGAGCAGGAGAAUGUAUUUUCCUUGCUGCUGGGAGGGGUGCUGGUCACAAGGUGAUGGGCUUGACAAUUUACCUGCAUUUCUAGAAGGCUUUUCACCAAAGGCUUUUAAAUAAUUGGGCUGCUGUAGGAUAAUGGAGCAAAUUCUUAUUUUGGAGUUCAUUCCAAGACAAGGAAUGAAGGAUGGGACAAUUCUCUCUCCCUUGGUGGGAGCCCUGUGUGCUGGGCUGGCACAAGCUCACCCAGUUUCAGACAUGAUGAGUGAAUCCAUGGAAGGAAGAUUCUCCAAAUGCUGCUAAAUGCACAAUUCCUCAGGCUCUGGCUCCUGAGCUCUGGCUGCUGGGAGUAGGAAGCAUCUCCUCCAGGUCUGUUCUGCUUCUCUGGGGCUGCAUGGUCCUGACCCAGCCUGUCACAGACUGUCCCUCCAUGAUCACUGAUGUGAAGCAGCAGCACUGGGGCAGACACAGAAGGGGGAGAAGGGGGCAGGGAAGGAUUUGUGGAUCUGGGGCUCAGGAAUGACUAUUUAGGGGAGUAUUUAGUUCUCUCCUGUGCACAGCACAGGCUGUGGAGUCCUGGCAUUGAGCUCUGGCAGGUCCCAAGAUCUUCCUUGUCCCCCUGAGAGCUCGCAGUGGAGCUUUCCUGCUGGGAUGGUAGUGGAAACCAGUUUGUCAUGGGCCAGACACCACCUGUGAGCUGUCCCUGUGCCACCAGCUCCUCAGAGUUGUGCUGUGUCUGAGCACCCUGUGCAGCCUCACCAGAGCAUAAGGACAGGGACAGUGACAUGGAAUCCUGCCAUGGAACAGGGACACAGUUAAACCAAGGCAACAAGAUCCCCAAGGCUUUCCUGUGUGCAGGAUGAGUUUGACCUGUGCCCUAAAAGCCUGUCCCUCUGGGUCCUCAGCUUUGUAGGUGCUGGGGAGUGGGGGAAGCUCUUGGGGAGCAGAGUAAAGUCACCCCCACUCGUCCUCCAUGCUGGCCCCAGCGUGGUGGGGCAGGGUGGGAGGUCUCCCUCCAGUGAGUGGGGCUGGACAGCUGCCUCAGCCAAGGCUCCUCCUGCCUUGGGCCUUCUCCAGGCACCUGUGCCCAGCUCUAAAUGCCUGACAGAUCCCAAUUGUUCCUGGAGCUUGUCCACUUGGCUGGAGUCUGGCUGCAGCAGGGCUGCAGGAGAAGACACUGGUGAAGACAGAGGUCCGAGACGAGUGGGAGGAAGGCCACAUUUAUUGUUUAACAGAUGCUUUGAGAAGAGCUGGUGGCACUAAGAGAUGCCAGCUCUGACACAGGAAAACUCUGCCCAAAUACCUGAGCUUCAUCUCCUGCCAUUGCCUCUUCCUGAAGGAUCCCUCUUCUCCCUGACUAUACAGACAAGAUUUAAGAUGCUCUCCUGGUUUCAAAGCCAGCUGAACUCCAGUCAGAUAACGGACCUGACUCAUUGAGACACAAUCCCAGGCCACUCCUCUCCUGUGUGUGUGUAGGUUUGGUGUCUGCCAUGACCUCCUCCUGCUCUGGGGCACAACUGGAGCAGCAGCUGGAGAGAAAGAGCCCCCAGAGACACUGCUGGGAGCAGAGGCUGAGCUGUGGGUGGUCUUCCUCAAGCCCUUUGAAUUGCUUUGCAUGUUGGUUCCUGCUGCUUCUCCUCUGUCCAAGACUGUGUUAAACUGUAACAAUAAAAGUAGAAGCUGUCUGU